AUGUUGGACUUCUCAGGGCUCUACCCUCUCAAGGGUAUCUGGUACUUUGUGACCCAUCCAUAUUUCUAUCCUCUUUUUCGAGCUCGAAUGAUCCCGAUUCUACUACUCUCAAUCUUCGUAUAUGCGAACCUUUUCAUAUGGACAUAUCUGCCUCAGGUCGCAUUCCUUGCCAUAUUCCACCUCGCCGGAGCAUGGGUGAAUGCCACUUUCCUUGUCUUAGGCGAAGGAGCUGCAAUUGUUGCCCUAUUGUUCGAGGCCUUCUUUGUGGAUGAGGCAUUAGUCGAUACCUUUGAUGCAGUCCUCAUUGAUCAAGGCUUCGCCGACUUGGUCAAGGAAGCACGCGCGCUUGAUCAAGACGCCCAGAACUCUGUACAGAUGCUCGGUAAACCCACGACAUCUUCUCUCUACAGUCCUUUCAGCUUUCGCCAGAUCAUCGAGUUUGUCAUCCUUCUACCACUUAACCUAAUCCCGAUCGUUGGAGUCCCAAUCUUUCUCAUCCUUACCGGCUGGCGUGCUGGCCCUUUCCACCACUGGCGGUACUUCAAACUACUUGGUCUGUCGAAGAAGGAACGCAAGGAAUACGUCAGGAACAGGCAGCUGAAGUACACCUGGUUUGGAAUCGUUGCACUGGCAUUGCAGCUGGUUCCUGUCCUAAGCAUGCUCUUUUUGCUUACAUCGGCUGCCGGCAGCGCCUUGUGGGCGGUGCAAAUGGAGAAGGCUCGCAGAUCUCGCGAACGCCCUGCUACGGCACCAGGCGAACUGUAUCACGACGACCCGGCCUAA